UGUAGUAAUAAAAAAAAAAAGAUAUCUUCUCUCUGGUUAACCUCUUGACUCUUGUGAUUGUGUUUAUUUCAAUUGUGUUUGUAAUUGAAAAAUCAAUAUGAAAGACGUGAUAGAUGUGAUAGCUUUACAAAAUAACAGACGCGAAAAGCGUCUGCCGGAUUAUAGAAGUGCUCCUGGCCAUAGCUUAGCUACAAAUUUUGUAUUCGAAUGUGGAAUUAAACUUGGUUUACAACCGGCUACCGUUGCCACAGCAGCGAUAUUCUACCACAAGUUUUUCAAAGAAGCCGAUAAAAACGAUUAUGACUGUUAUGUGAUUUGCACAGCUUGUCUUUGUGCUGCUGGCAAAUCUCGAGACGAACCUGUGAAAUUACGGGAUGCGGUGAAUGUUGCACACAAUUCUAUAAAUCGAGGCGCUGGCCCAUUAGAGUUAGGUGAAGAGUACUGGUUAUGGCGAGGGGCUGUCGCACAAGCGGAGUUACUUGUGCUACGAUUACUAGGCUUCAAUUUAGAUGCGCCUUCUCCUCAUCGCUAUUUAUUACAUUACUUACGUUCACUUCAAGAAUGGUUCCCCGCUGCUCAAUGGCGGUCGGCGCCCGUAGCACGUACUGCAAUGGCAUUUUUACAAGAUUUCCAUCAUUCUCCAUCAAUUUUGGAUUAUAGAGCACCACAUAUUGCAGUGGCAUGUUUGACUUUGGCCUUGCACGUACUAGGAGUGUCUGUACCACUGGCGUCGACAUUAGAUGAUGAUGCUGCUUGGUACUCGGUAUUUACAAAAGAUUUGCAAAAAGAAAAGAAUUGGGAAAUAAUGGAGAAAAUCAUGCAAGUGUACAGCAGGGAACCAGAGCCAAUUUGAAUGAAUUAUAGGUUUGAAAGAUGGACUGAUCAUUUGUUGACUGAUAUGUGCAUUCUGUAUGUCUUACAGAAUUUUAUAUAAUAAACUAGUUCAUAAAAA